CCGAUCCCGGUCCUACUCCGGUAUUCACAUCCAUACCCGCAAUACCCUCGUCCGAAGUCCCCUCCCCCGUCCACGCCUCCUGUUCCUGUUGUUGCAAUCGCAGCUGUCCAUGCGAAGGGUAACUAUGCAGCGGUAAAGGCGGCAGUGGUGCUUCUCUUCCUUUCCCUUUUCCCUUUCCCUUUCCUUUGCCCGUGUUCGUGUGCAUGUCUUCGACCGCGCCGGUACUACUCCCAUGAUCACCUCUACCAAACCCAAACCCAAACCGAAACCUACGCCCGGACCCGAGGACAUCUCGCACUCCCCUCCACCCUGUCCAUGGCCACGUCCAUCUCCCCGUCCUCCCCGAUCUCGAUCCUCGCCCCAUCCCAAUCCCAACCCCAGCCCCAGCCCCAGCCCCUAUAUUUCCCAUCUCGUAUUCUUCGUGUGGUCGUGUCCUGCCAAGUCUCCAUCCUGCCCACCGCGGCCACAUUAAUAUUGGCCACCAUCCCCUCCCCCUAUUCCUACUCCAACCCGUACCACCCUGCACCUGCACGUUAUAAUUAGGGCCACCACCACCACCACCACCACCACCACCACCACCACCACCACCACCACCACCACCACCACCACCACC